AUGACAUCGUCCAGUUUCGCUGCCCAUUCGCGGGCUUACACCAGCACCCAACCACAACCGACUCUUGAGGCCCAUGAAAACAGCGGUACUUCUGGCAAUCGCGCACUGGGCAGCAACAACAACAACAACCCGUCGUUCAGCACCGAUGACAGUAUCUUUGAUGCGCACCGUCGCAGCCACAACUCAUCCAAGCUCCCAGCUUUUCGUUUUGCCGACCUGAGGAAGGAUCGCAUUUCGCUACCCUCCUUGCAGCAGCCCACCCCACUCGCGCCCAUUCUGUCGAGGCCCCUGGGUUCGUCGGAACAACUCCACCACCACAGCAGCGCUCAAACCCUCACAGACAGAUCUGCUUCAAUUGAAACGAAGCAAACUGGCGGUGUUACGAGAAGUCGUUCCCUCAAGUUCCAUUUUCCUACGACUGCUUCGAACCACUCGCCUUCAGGAUCGAAGCGACCGGCGUCAUUUCCAGAGCCAGUCAAAGACACUGACGGCGCGUCUGCGGCCCAGUCGCAAGUGUCCUCCGUCCCUGCUCCCGCGAUCAAACGUCGCUUGACGGAGAGCGCAGUCAAGGAGCCGGUGCCAGCGCGGCGAGAUUUGUUGUUGCCCAAGACUGUCGAGAGUUCGACUUCUGAGUCGGACGACAAGAAGUCGCGCCCUCCACUGUCGUACAAACUGCCCAGCCCCAGCAGCACCGCCAGCGCGUCGAGAGGGCGCGCUGUGAUUCCUCCUAUCCGAUCCUUCCGCUCCUCUGGGUCGCGCAAGAGCGCUGUGCUUGAUAUGCCUUCCCGGCGCACGUCCCAAGACUCUUGCAACGAAGAGCAGCUAGACGCCAACCAGCGCAACCGCGCGUUACGGGCCCUCGAGGGCCAGCGAGAGGAGGACUUUUCGCACCUCGCUCCUUCCGAGUCUGGCGAGAUGACUACAACAACUGACAACGACAACACUGCCGACAUCUUCAUGAGAAUCGCAAAGGAGGAUGCGGCCUCUCGGGCACCUCAAACGCAAGCGGCAGCGCCGGAGCCCAGUGUUAUUUCACGAAUCGUCCGGGCCGGACACCGCCGUCCCCUCUCAGCCGCUAUUCCCGCUCAUGAUACUCCUUCUCCGCCCCGGAUGUCGCGUCGUCUCUCCGACCAGCGCGAAAACUCGCGCACCCGGCACGCGGCAGAGAGCCAGCCUGCUCAACAAGAACCUCGGGAGUCGGCAUACCGGACGUCGGAAAGAGAGACUCUUCCGCCCAUCGCCACUACGAACGAGAGCUCUACUCGCGCGCAGGCAGGCCGAGCUCCUCAGAGGCCAUCCCCUAUCACGCCCAAACAGAUAUCUUUUAAAGAGUCGUUCGCCGAGAGUAGCUCGGCAUACCAGCGCAGAAGACAGUCGCUUACCGAGAACAACAACCUGUCGUCUUCGAGGACUGCGCAACACAGGAGUUCGCAUCUUGCAAUUGCACAGGCUCGGACCUAUCACUCUUCCCCAUUGGUACCCAGGUCUGCAAACGUAGUGGCGGAUGGCGUUCAUCAUCCCUCCGAAGCGCAUCAUGGCGUCGAGGGAACCGAGUCCUCUUCCUCUACAGCCGCGCCUUCCACGGUCUGGGACGAGUUGGACGAUCUGAAGUCAAGGAUCCAUCGUCUGGAGCUAACGGGCAAGCUGCCGUCUACCUCCGCGUCGAGGUCGUCUGACGAGCGGCCACGGACCGCCACCACAAACGCCACCACCGUCUCAGCGUCCCCCAAGCGUGCUUCCGGGACUGGCCCAGCGCAUGCUGACGGCAACAACGCUGCUGUGGUGCCGCGCGAGACACAGCCGCUGCUUCUCUCUGCCCUGAGCAAGGCCAAGGACUUGGUCAGUCCAGAAGUGUUCAACGCCAUUGAGUCAGCCGCGACUGACGCCAUGGCGCUGUCGUCCAUGAUCGGCGCCGUCGGCCAACCAGGACCGAUCUCGAGUGGUGCCAGCACGAUCGGAGGCUACAACGGCAGUGUGACCGACAGGCAGCUCCGUAAGAAGGCUGAUAGCAUCUGCCGGAGUUUGACAGAGCUGUGUAUCGCCCUUGCCGACCCAACGGAACAGAAGAGGCAACCGCAAUCGGUAACAGCUGCUCCCGAACCCGAGCAGCUGCUGAGCCCAACGUCCGUCAACGCAACAGCGGGCGGCGCGCUCACACCCCAGAGGCGUCCCAGUGCCGUCGCAGAUGUAGUUGCGAAAACAAGCACGAGCCCCAGAGCGCCGACAAGCCUGGAGCAGAAGAGGAGGACGAUGCUCGCUGGUACCCCCCUGCCGUCCUCUCGCUACGUUACGGCCCCCUCUACACCGCUGGAGCCAACUCCCGGACGUAAAUCUUCCCUCCUGUUGGCGCGGAUCCGGCGGACAGCGACCGAGGAGCCAGAGGAAGUGCCUCAGGCUGGGAGGAGGUCGUCUUUGCUGUUGAGGUCCCGAAGAAGCGGAACAGAAGAGCCCGAGGAGGAUCGCGAAGGGCGAAAGACAUCGCUGCUCCUCCGAACCCGCAAGGCGGUGAACGAAGAGGAGGAUGAGUUGCGCUCGCGCAUACCCUCGAGAGCGCUUACAGAACUCAACAGCUUUCGUGCCGUCCCGCGCGACCCUGCCAUGGCGGCCAGGCCCGCCCAGCCUCCUGCUCAGGACAAUGUGGUUGCAUCUCCGCUCCUGCCGCGGCGUAGGAUCCUCCCGUCGGGCAUCGCCUCCCGGCUUGCCACCUCGGUCCCCACAACCUCGGCGCCCACGACGCCAGCACGCAAGUACCUCGAACGCAGCAUGCUCCAGGAUCGCGGCACCCCGCAAGAGCGAGGCUCCUAUCUAGAACGCAGCUAUCACUCGGAGCGGGGCGCCGCCCAUAACCUAUCUGAAAGAUUGGCCGAGGAGCGCGGCCAGCAGCAGCAGCGCCAGAUCUCGCUGAGUCAGAGCGCCAUGCUCAGCCGGACCGGCAGCCUCGGCCGCCGGAGUCGGGAAACUGGCAUUCCCAACAUUCGCUCUUGA